UUUUGGUUGAUCAGGACUCGCCAAUCAUGCUGCGAACUCGGUACACGUCGACAGCUUCUCCUGCUCGCAUGGACACCACCAUUCUCAAACCUGCAGCGGCGGAACGAACGCCUGACCAGCAGCACUGAUGACCACCGACGUCAGCAUACUGUCGGAUGCUGUUCUCAGCGAGCUGCUCUCUUUCCUCUACAUGGACGACCUGCUGGCCCUGGAGCGCGUAAGUCACUCGUGGCGACAAACACUAGCGACUGCGUGCUUUUGGACCCACGCACAGCUGGAGCACCAGUGGCACAGCAGUGAACAUGCGGCCACGCUUGUCAAUCUCCUAGCCAAGCGUCAUGGCCCACAGGUCAAGAGGCUGACGCUCAUCGGCUGCGUUGUGCCCAGAGGAGCAUUGGUGAAGGCAGCCAAACUUUUCUCUGGCUUGACGCACUUGACAGUCUCCGGCUGCCAGACGCUCGCUGAUGAGGAUUUCUCGGCCAUCGUCCAAGCGUCGACCCAGCAACUGUUGGAGGUGUGCGCAGUCAAGUGUCUACGACUCACCGAUGCCGCGCUGGAAGCCAUCGGCGACGACCACUCGCAGUCGCUUGACAGGAUCAACUUCAGCUAUUGCAGACAAAUUUCAGAGGACGGCGUGAAAGCUACAGCUCGACAUUGCAGCAACUUGCGCUCGAUCAAGUUGAAGAGCUGCCCUGCAGUGACUUCUUCUGCUGCCAUCUGCAUUGCUGAGAGCUGCCCCAAACUGGAGACGCUCCUGGUUGGCUGUGCCAAAAACCUGACAGACGAGUGCUUGCUAGCACUUGGAAAUCAUUGCCCCCGUUUAACAGCGCUCGAUAUUUCAAGAAGUAACCCGUUCGGAUUUGGCCGUGGAGGCAUCACUGACAACGCUUUAAAGUAUUUGGCUUAUCGGUGCCAGCAGUUGGAGCACUUGACCCUGUGUGGUCAGGGCCGAUUGACGCUCUCGGUGCUUAGCUCGCUUGCGACCUCAUGCCCCAAACUCGAAACGCUGGACAUUGGCGGAUGUCACGACAUUAUCUCGAAUCCUAUUGCAUUAGGUGCGGAGCUGAAGCGCAUGCGUGGGCUUCAUGAGCUUAGUGUCGCUUUCACCCGAGGCCUGAAAGGAGAGCAAAUCGAAUUUAUCGCGUCCCAAUGCCCACAGCUGAAAGCUUUUCGUGUGGAUGGAGAUAAUGUUGCUGCGGCCCACGCUUGACUUGUAUUUAUGCGGUGCGUCACGUUUGAGUAAAAAGAUCCGAUUCGUAUGCAAGUCUUCGCUCUUCACCCACACUUUGUGAGCGAUGUUGCCUUACUCCACAACAUACUCACUUCUGAAAAACUCUUCGAUCGCUUGCGCAGCGGAUGUGCUUAGCACAGUCACGUCCAACAAGUUUUCGGCACCAGCCUGAGCAAUCGACGCGAUGCUCCCUGUUUAAAGCUGGCGUAAAUAUCUUUCAGACUGACGGAGUUGGAGCUCAAGUCCACUCACCAAACAAAUCGAGCAGCAUAUCGCACUCAUCAACACUAAGAAACGGGAAGUUGAUUUUCAACGUGUCCAUAGCAUGCUUGCGAGUGAGUAGCUCGUCACUCAUCUACAUGUAGUAAACGCAGGUUUUGUGUAAUAGUUGUUAUAACCGAGUACGUUAGAACAAGUGGCUUUGUGUAAACUAACUUACCCGCUCGUUGAGCUGAUCUGCCUUCUCGGUGAUUUGGAAGGCAUGCUUUUCGUGGACUGAUACCUGCAUCGCGUCAGGGAGGAUAAUUACAGAUAUUUUCAAACUA